AUGAGAACACAAGUGAAUGUUUGGUGUUGGUUCAUAUUAGCUCAGGUCUUUGCACAGUAUUAUCCGUUUUCUCCGGAUGUAUAUCUCGUUCCCCCAAAUUAUAUGUGUGGUUCUGAUCCGAUUCAUCCAGGUUUUUUCAUCCUCAGAACAUAUGUGCUCUGGAACAAAAAUAGAAUCUUGCUCGCAGCCAUGCUGUCCACUUUUUUCACUUUUCUCGGAGCAUCCUUCGGCAUUGUCUUCGCCACUGUCGUCCCCGCAGCAUAUCCGACUAGCGCGAUCCCAGGCAUCACAGGGUGUUAUGAGACCAGUUCCUGGUACUUUAUGCCAUUUCUUCUCUUUUCCGUGUUCCAAUUGGGACUGAUGAUACUCACGCUCAUACGCGCUAUACAGAGCUGGCAGAGAUCCCCAGGCCCUCUGUACGUUGUCCUGGUAAAGCAUAACAUAUUUUAUUAUGCAUGCGGUCUUCUGUUCUCGGUAACGAAUAUCUUUAUGUCGCUGCUCCUCCAGGCCUCUUACCGCACCAUGUUGUAUGAUUUUGAGUUCACAAUCAUUGCGAUCCUUACCACGCGCAUGCACCUCCAUCUCUGGCGGAUAAACCAACAUGAAAACGGCUUUGGCGCCUCCGUGGGUAUCCUGAUGUCUGACAUGUCAACUGUGGUUUCCAUGGCAUGACGUUUUAUCUUGUGGUUUAUUCGGUGUUGUUUGUGGAGCGAGGGUUGGACCGUACAAGAUGACUGGUGGGGGUGGGUUUGGUAGAGUUCGUUACGUGCCUAACUUAUAGAUGAGUCUAUCGCAGGGUGGAGCAUUUGAAUGACCUUGGUCUAUUUAACACAUGUAGUUUCCACUGCAAGCGGUGGCGCACUCAGGAUCCAGAACUCGAGUGUGCUGGAGCCAGAAUCAGUGAGCCGAUCAGUUCUUGAUAUUGUAACUUUUGGAUGAAGACCAAAGUCUUCUGGGCAUUAGAGUAUGGGAGCAUUUGCU